AUGUCCCCCGCUACCGCCCCCGAAAUGUCGCCUUCAGCCUCCGCGUCCGCCGCGUCCGCCCUCAUGUCCUUCACUUCGUCCAACAGCAACGGUGCUGCGCCGGCGGCAGGGAAAGAGCAGAGAUUGAUUGUGGUGUCCAACAGGCUACCUGUGACGAUCAGUAAAGAUGCUCAAGGGGUGUACCACUUCAAGAUGUCUUCCGGUGGUCUCGUCUCCGCCCUCAGUGGGUGCAAGAAGACCAUGAAGUUUACCUGGAUCGGGUGGCCUGGGAAAGAAAUCCCCGAGGAGGACCGUGAACUCGUCAACAGGCGAUUGAUGGAUGAGUACGACUGUUACCCGGUGUAUCUCGCGGACGAUCUCGCGGACAGGCACUACAACGGCUUCUCCAACUCCAUCCUCUGGCCUCUUUUUCACUACCACCCCGGAGAGAUGAACUUUGACGCCGCCAACUGGCUCGCCUACAGGGAGGCCAACAUGCGAUUCGCCGACGUCGUGGCCGGUAUGGUCCAAGCGGGCGACAUGGUCUGGGUGCAGGACUACCACCUCAUGCUCCUCCCCAUGCUUCUCCGGUCGGUCAUCUCCGGCGAAGGCUCGCAGGGCGAGAUGGUCCGGCGCGAGCUGGGCCGAGUCAAGAAGGGCGUAGAUAAGGAGGUUGUGGGCGGGAUGAUGGGGAUGAAGGAGGAAGGGGUCGCUACUGCUCUAGGCGUCGGUGAGGAGGGGGAAGAUGAAGGCGUCGAGAUCCUCGAUGAGGUCGCCGAGGAAGGGACGACAUCGGCACCUGCUCCCGCGGUGCCGAAGAAGGUGAAACGACCCGCGUUUGGAAGGGGGAUGAGUCAGUUCCAGAAGCAGGAGGCUGUUGCUAAGGAGAAGGGCAAGGAUGGGGUGCGGAUCGGGUUCUUUUUGCAUACCCCGUUCCCGAGUAGCGAGAUCUAUCGUAUCCUCCCCGUAAGGAGGGAGAUUCUUCUCGGUGUCCUCCAGUGCGAUCUUAUCGGCUUCCACACCUACGACUAUGCCCGACACUUCCUCUCCUCGUGCACCCGCAUCCUCGGACUGGAGACUAUGCCGAACGGCAUCGAGCACGAAGGGCGAUACACCCAGGUCGGGACGUUCCCUAUUGGGAUUGACCCCAUGCAGUUUGUGGAUGGGAUAAGGGAGGAAGGGAUCGUCAAGAGGUUGCAGGCGCUGAAAGCGAGGUUCAAGGGGUGCAAGGUCAUCAUCGGUGUUGACCGACUCGACUACAUCAAGGGUGUUCCGCAGAAGCUCCAGAGUCUCGAGAUCUUCCUCUCGCAGCACCCCGAGUGGGUUGGCAAGGUCGUCCUUGUCCAGCUCGCCAUCCCCUCCCGACAAGACGUGGAGGAAUACCAGAACCUCCGCGCGUGCGUCAAUGAGCUCGUCGGCCGGAUCAAUGGCCGGUUCGGGACGGUCGAGUUUAUGCCGAUCCACUAUCUCCACAAGAGCGUGCCGAUUGAUGAGCUCACGGCGAUGUAUGCGCUGGCGGACGCUUGUUUGGUCACUUCCACGAGAGACGGUAUGAACUUGGUCUCAUACGAAUACAUCUCGUCUCAGGUCGACGGUCAUGGUGUGAUGAUCCUCUCCGAAUUUGCCGGUGCCGCUCAAAGUCUUAACGGAAGUCUGAUUGUCAACCCCUGGGACUUGCAGUCUACCGCCGAUGCUAUUCACACGGCGUUGACGAUGACCGAGGAGGCCAAAAAGUCCAACUGGGAGAAGCUGUUUGCUUACGUCUCCAAGUACACUGCCGAAGCAUGGGGAGUGUCCUUCGUCAAUGAAUUGACCCGCCUCUCCGGCCAUCCUCCCUCCGGCCCCUCCAUUCCCGGCCGUAAAAAGUCGCACAGUCUUUCGCGGACAUCAUCGAAAGCCUCCAUCCAGCGCCGACCGAGCAGUGGCCGAUUGAGCGUGGGGAGCAUGAGCAGCCCGGGAUUGACAUCGGCGGGCGGGGCGGCGGCUGCUGCGAUGGCGAAUGCUGGUAGGGAGUGA